GGGCCCGGCGCAGCGCUGCCCCGCGCCGCCGCACCGCGCUCCGAGCAGGUGGCCGGCGCGCAGCAUGCCUUUCUCCUGAGCCCUGAGCCGAGGAGGAGGAGGAGGAGGAGGAGCAGGCCUUCGUCCCGGAGCGAUGUCUGCCACCCGCGGCAAUGGGGAGCACUGGCAGUCCCUGGAGUCGGUGGGCAUCAGCCGCAAGGAGCUGGCGCUGGCCGAAGCGCUGCAGAUGGAGUACGACGCGCUGUCCCGCCUGCGGCAGGACAAGGAGGAGAGCCGGGCCAAGCGGCCGGCCGAGCGGCCCCUCGCCCCGCGGCACGACCCCCCCGCGCCCCGCGACGGCAGCGGCUGCAACGGCAUCCGCGGCACGCGGGGGCUCUCCGGCUCCGACCCCGCGCUCAGCUCCCGGGCGCCCGGCGCGCCGCCCGCCCCCGGCCGCCCGCCCUGGCUGCUGGCGCCGCUCGCCGGCGACUACCUCUACAUCCUGGAGGGCUCGGGGCCGGAGCUGCUCGGCGAGCCGCUGCACGGCACCUCGCCCCCGGGCAAAAAGCUCUCGCCGCCGCCGCUGCCCCCGCGCCGCCCGGGCUGGAGCUGCGCCGCGGCGGAGCGCGGCUCGCCCAAGGGCCCCCGCCAGGACCCCCCGCCCAAGGACGUGGCCGCGUUCUCCGCGCCCCGCGGGAAGCUGCUGGGGCGCCGCAUCUCCGAGGAGGACUCCUACGGCCUCGCCGGCUACGGCGGCAUCGCCGACGCCAUCACCUGCCUCAACCUCAAGUCCACCUACGAGGCGGAGGUGCUGCGCGAGGCCGCCCGCGGCUGGAAGGAGGGCAGGAGCAUCCUGGAGAAGGAGGCGGGCGGCAAGCCGGUGGCCCGCAGCAAGACCAUGCCGCCCCAGGUGCCGCCCCGCGCCUCCGCCUCCCGCUUCGGCAGCCGGAAGAACCUGGCGCCCACCAAGGACCGCCGGAGCGCGGUGGAGCCGGUCGCCCCCCGGCCGCACUCCUUAGCCAACGGCUACGAGCUCUUCGAGGUCUCCGAGGAGCGAGACGAGGAGGUGGCUGCUUUCUGCCACAUGCUGGACGUGCUGCGCUCGGGCUACAGCACCCAGGACUAUUCCCUCACCGGCUACGUGUGGAGCGCGGUCAACCUGAGCCCCGAGCACCUGGGCCACGGCAUGAGCCUGAAGGUCACGGUGGUGUGCGACAGCCUGCGGGAGCCGCUCACCUUCACCUGCGACUGCUCCUCCACCGUGGACCUGCUCAUCUACCAGACGCUGUGCUACACGCACAACGAGCUGCACGCCGUCGACGUCGAGGACUUCGUGCUCAAGCUCUGCGGCCUGGAGGAAUUCCUGCAAAACCAGCACCCGCUGGGCAGCCACGAGUACAUCCAGCACUGCAGGAAGUUCGGCAUCGACAUCCGCCUGCAGCUGAUGAGGAGGAAGGCGGUGCGCAGCGAGCUGGCCAGGACGGCGAAUGACGACCGGAGCCCCUCCACGCUCAACCACUACGUCCACCUGCAGGAGCGGCCCGUCAAGCAGACCAUCAGCAGGCAGGCGCUGAGUCUCCUCUUCGACACCUUCCACAACGAGGUGGACGCGUUCCUGGCGGCCGAGGGAGACUUCCCGCUGAAAGCCGAGCGGGUCAUCCAGUCCGUCAUGGCCAUUUGCAACGCGCUGGCCGCCGUGGAGUCCCAGGAGAUCACGGGAGCCCUCAACCAGAUGCCCCCCUGCCCCUCCCGCAUGCAGCCCAAAAUCCAGAAGGAUCCAAGUGUUCUGGCCAAGAAGGAAAACCGAGAGAGGAUCGUGGAGAGCCUGACGGCCUCCAUCCUGGACCUGGUGGAGCUCUACUGCAGCACCUUCAACGCCGACUUCCAGACAGCUGUGCACGGCUGCAGGAAGCACCACCCGGUGCAGGAGGCCCGGCUGCUCACCUGCCCCCUCUCCUUCACCGUCUACGCCACCCACCGCAUCCCCAUCACCUGGGCCGCCAGCUACGAAGAUUUCUACCUCUCCUGCUCCCUCAGCCACGGCGGCAAGGAGCUGUGCAGCCCCCUGCACACCAGGAAGGCCCACGUCUACAAGUACCUCUUCCACCUCAUCAUCUGGGACCAGCAGAUCUGCUUCCCCGUCCAGGUGAACCGGCUGCCGCGGGAGACGCUGCUGAGCGUCACGCUCUUCGCCGUGCCCGUCCCGCCGCCCGGCAGCUCCUCCGAGGCCAACAAGCAGCGGCGGGUGCCCGAGGCUCUGGGCUGGGUCACCACCCCGCUCUUCAACUUCAGGCAGGUGCUGACCUGCGGGCGGAAGCUCUUGGGCUUGUGGCCGGCGACGCAGGACAACUCCAGAGCCCGCUCGAGCGCUCCCAACUUCAACCAGCCCGACAGCGUCAUUCUGCAGAUUGACUUCCCCACCUCCACCUUCGACGUGAAGUUCACGAGCCCGCCAGCGGCCGACGGCAGCCCCAGGUACGAGUUCGGCAGCCUGGGCGAGGAGGACCAGCGCAAGCUGAGGGAGGCGAUGCAGAAGAAGUCGCUCUACUGGCUGAUGGACGCCGAUCGGAAGCGGCUCUGGGAGAAGCGCUACUACUGCCACGCGGAGCCCAGCGCACUGCCCAUGCUGCUGGCCAGCGCGCCCAGCUGGGACUGGGGCUGCCUGCCCGACAUCUACGCCCUGCUGAAGCAGUGGAGCGACGUCAACCACCAGGACGCCCUGGGGCUGCUGCACGCCACGUUCCCGGAUCAGGAGGUGCGGAGAACGGCCGUGCAGUGGAUCGACUCCAUCUCCGACGCGGAGCUGCUGGACUACCUGCCCCAGCUGGUCCAGGCACUGAAGUACGAGUGCUACCUAGACAGCCCGCUGGUGCGCUUCCUCAUGAAGCGGGCUAUCUGCGACCUGAAGAUCACCCACUACUUCUUCUGGCUGCUCAAGGACGGUCUCAAGGACUCGCAGUUCAGCAUCCGCUACCAGUACCUGCUGGCCGCCCUGCUCUGCUGCUGCGGCAAGGGGCUGCGGGAGGAGUUCGACCGCCAGUGCCUGCUGGUCAACACGCUGGCCAAGCUGGCCCAGCAAGUGCGGGAGGCCGCGCCGUCCGCGCGCCAGGCCAUCCUCCGCGAGGGGCUGGAGGACGUCAAGCAGUUCUUCAAGGCCAACGGGUCGUGCCGGCUGCCGCUGAGCCCCAGCCUGCUGGUGAAGGGGAUCAUGCCCAGGGACUGCUCCUAUUUCAACUCUAACGCCGUCCCCUUGAAGCUGUCCUUCCAGAACGUCGAUCCUCUCGGGGAAAAUAUCCGGGUCAUCUUCAAGUGCGGAGAUGACCUGCGGCAGGACAUGCUGACACUGCAGAUGAUCCGGAUUAUGAACAAGAUUUGGGUGCAGGAGGGGUUGGACAUGCGCAUGGUCAUCUUCCGCUGCUUCUCCACAGGCCGCGGUCGAGGCAUGGUGGAGAUGAUCCCCAACGCUGAGACCCUGCGCAAAAUCCAGGUGGAGCAUGGUGUGACAGGCUCCUUCAAAGACCGCCCACUGGCAGACUGGCUGCAGAAACACAACCCUGGGGAGGACGAGUAUGAGAAGGCCGUGGAGAACUUCAUCUAUUCCUGUGCAGGCUGCUGUGUGGCUACGUACGUGCUGGGCAUCUGUGAUCGGCACAAUGACAACAUCAUGCUCAAAACCACUGGUCACAUGUUUCACAUCGACUUUGGGAGGUUUCUGGGCCAUGCGCAGAUGUUUGGCAACAUCAAGAGGGAUCGGGCCCCGUUCGUCUUCACUUCGGACAUGGCGUACGUCAUUAAUGGAGGGGAUAAGCCCUCCAGCCGCUUCCACGACUUCGUCGACCUGUGCUGCCAGGCGUACAACCUCAUCCGCAAACACACCCACCUCUUCCUCAACCUGCUGGGGCUGAUGCUGUCCUGCGGCAUCCCCGAGCUCUCCGACCUGGAGGACCUCAAGUAUGUCUACGAUGCCCUGAGGCCGCAGGACUCUGAAGCCGAUGCCACCACUUACUUCACCAGGUUAAUUGAGUCCAGCCUGGGCAGCGUGGCCACCAAGCUCAACUUCUUUAUCCACAACCUGGCACAGAUGAAGUUCACGGGCUGUGAUGCCCGACCGACCCUCUCCUUUGCCCCCCGCACGCACACCAUCAAGACAUCCGGCCGGAUCCGCGACGUCUUCCUGUGCCGCCACGAGAGAGUCUUCAAUCCCAGCAAGGGUUACACCUACGUGGUGAAGGUGCAGCGGGAGAGCCCGGGCGAGGCGGCCUUCGUGCAGCGCACCUUCGAGGAGUUCCAGGAGCUGCACAACAAGCUGCGCCUCAUCUUCCCCUCCUCGCUGCUGCCCAGUUUCCCCAGCAGGUUCGUGAUCGGGAGGUCACGGGGAGAGGCGGUGGCUGAGAGGAGGAAGGAGGAGCUCAAUGGCUACAUCUGGCACCUCAUCCACUCGGCUCCCGAAGUGGCGGAGUGCGACCUCAUCUACACCUUCUUCCAUCCUCUGCCACGGGACGAGAAGGCAGCAGGCAUCAACCCGGCCCCAAAGCCUGCAGAUGCCACAUGGGCUCGGCCUGUGGGGAAGGUUGGUGGGGAGGUGAAGCUCUCCAUCUCCUACAAGAACAACAAGCUCUUCAUCAUGGUGAUGCACAUCCGGGGUCUGCAGCCGCUGCAGGAUGGCAAUGACCCUGACCCGUAUGUCAAGACCUAUCUGCUACCUGAUCCCCAGAAGACCACCAAGAGGAAAACCAAAGUGGCCCGGAAAACCUGCAAUCCCACAUACAAUGAGAUGCUGGUCUACGACGGGGUUCCCAAGGGCGACCUGCAGCAGCGGGAGCUGCGCCUGAGUGUCCUCAGCGAGGAAGGCUUCUGGGAGAACAUCCUCCUCGGUGAGGUUGGCAUCAAGCUGCGGGACCUGGACCUGACACAGGAGAAGAUGGGCUGGUUCGCACUGGGCUCCCGGGGACACGGGACCCUCUGAGGAGCCUUGCGGUGGUGGCAGUGCCCUCAACCCAUGUCCUGCCGGCGCGGGGGUCCCACUCCAGGAGUUGUAUCCUGGACUGACGGACGGAUUUCAGGGCCCGCCGGCAGGGGCCGGGGACGCUGUCGCGGGGACUUCGUUCUCUCUGUGUUUUGCCUGUAGGGACUGAGCGCUCGAGUCAUGGUAGGCCGCUAUCGUGACGUGGAAA